AAAAAAUCUUAUUUUGUUCUCGUCUUGCACAUUAAUAAAAUAACUAAAAAUGUCUAUGCUAGAUAAUUUAAAAAAAACACGAAAGAAUCCCAUCUUUUUGGAUGAGAGUGAAGACAUGGAUGUUGACAAUAUGGAUUUUCCUCUUCCUACUGAAACACCUGGAUCAAGUAGCAAUCCCUUAGGAGGCAUGCCUGAUAUGGCACAACUUCAAAAAAUGAUGCAAAGCCUAAAUGCGGGUAGUGAUAGUACUCAACGCCCUAAUGCCCCUUCUACUACAAGAGAUCCCGGAUUUGUUACUGUUGCCUCUGGGCCUAAUGGUGUUCCCCGUCAAAUGCAGCCAAAUGAAUACAAGGACUGGGUCUGUGUUUAUCCUUGUUAUAUUGAUGCUGAUAAGACCGUUCAAGAAGGAAGAAAAAUUUCCAAGGAAAAGGCGGUCAAAAAUCCUCAUGCUUACCACAUGGCUGUUGCAUGUCAAAAAUUAGGCUUCAAUGUAGUAUAUGAGGGUAAACGCCAUCCUCGUGAUUGGGCUAAUGUUGGACGUGUUCGUGUUCAAUUGAAGAAUUCAUCCAACUUUUUUAUUAAUCCUAACAUCAUAACACGUAAACAAUUAUUCAUAGCUAUUGCCAAGUUGAUUCCUAUUUGUCAAAAGGAAGGUGAAGUUCCAAAGACGAUCGUUUCACCUUUGACCACUUUAGCAGAAAUUGAGGCACUAGCUGAUGAACAACGUAGAGCCCAAGGUCUUCCUACGUUGGCAGAAAUGCAAGCACAAAAUGCAGCUCAACAACCUCAUAUUCCUGCUAAACCAAAGAAACAAAAGAUUAAAUAUGUUCGUGCUUAAUUAAUGUAUUAGCAUUACAUAUUUAUUACAUUGUUUAUUAUUAUUAUUAUUAUUCUUUCUUUUGUAAUGAGUGCGCAAGCGCUCCUUUGACUUUUUUCGGAGGAAGAGAGUUGUACAGCAUAUGUGUAAUC